AUGGCUACAGCUCCUUCGCUUCUCCACUCCUCCGGCUCCUCUUUCCUCGCUCAAUUUCGAACUCUUCCAACCCAAUUUUCUUCUUCUUCAUUGUUUUCCCAUGGUAACAACCGCCACGGAAGUGCAGUGCUGUCCGUGAAGGCCACGGUUUCUGGGGUUGUGUUGGUGGGGAAGUCUGAAGCAGAGAAGGUUUAUAGACUCAAAACAACUUACAAUGAGAAAAUUGUUCCUUUGCUCACGGAAGAGUUCUCUUACACCAAUAUUCAUCAGGUGCCUAAAGUUGAUAAGAUUGUGGUGAACUGUGGUAUUGGAGAAGCUGCACAGAAUGCAAAAGGUUUGGAUGCGGCGAUUAAUGAUCUAGCACUUAUCACCGGACAGAGACCUGUUAAGACUAGGGCGCGAAUAGCUGUUGCCACCUUCAAGAUCAGGGAAGGUCAACCGCUUGGAAUUGCUGUGACACUCCGAGGAAAAAUAAUGUACUCAUUUCUAGACCGCGUUAUCAACUUAGGACUUCCUAGGACAAGAGAUUUUCAAGGUUUGAAUUUAAGCAGCUUUGAUGGGAAUGGGAAUUACAACAUUGGUAUUCGGGACCAAACCGUGUUCCCCGAGCUGAAAUCUGCUAUUGGUACACCUAGAGGAAUGGAUGUAUGCAUCUCAACAACUGCUAAAACUGAUCAAGAAGGACAGAAAUUACUAGCUCUCAUGGGCAUGCCCUUCAAAGAGGGAGUUGAAGUUACUGAAAUAGUUCGCAAAAAGAAGUUGAAGUCUCAUCAUUUUGAUGCAAAAUCAAAGGGUAGAGGAGAUAGAGCAAAGAAGUAG